AAGAAAGAAAAAAAGAUCGUAAUUCCAAUUUUAUCCUUUUAGAAAGAGACAAAGAGGAAGGCGUAUUUUCUCCUCUCGCUCCUCCCUUUUCUACAGAGAGAGAGAGAAUCGAAAUUCCAUAUUUUUUUUCUUGAGAAAGAGAGAGAGAGAGAAGACGAAAUCAAUCAUCGAUCAAGUGCAUCCAAUCGCGAAACGGAUGAAGAAAGCUAUGGAAUGGAAUGUGUUAUAGUGAUGAGGCGAUCUUCGACUCGGUGAUUAAGAUUCGGAAGCUCAGAUUUCUCUUUUCGAAGCUUUUUUUUAAUUGGAUUGAAGAAAAAAUGAAGGGUGGUGGUGACGAUGCUGCUUCCUCCGCCGCUGCUAGUGCUAGUGGUCCUCCUCCGUCUCUAGAGUGGAGAUUCUCUCAGGUCUUCGGCGAGCGAACCGCCGGAGAAGAAGUCCAUGAAGUUGACAUCAUUUCAGCAAUUGAAUUCGAUAAAAGUGGAGACCAUCUUGCAACUGGUGACCGUGGGGGCCGAGUAGUUCUUUUUGAGAGGACGGAUACUAAAGAUAAUGUUGGAUCCAGGAGGGAUGCUGAGCAGAUGGAUUACUCAGUUAGGCAUCCUGAGUUUCGAUAUAAAACAGAGUUUCAGAGUCAUGAACCUGAGUUUGACUAUCUUAAGAGUUUGGAAAUAGAGGAGAAAAUCAACAAAAUCAGAUGGUGUCAGCCAGCAAAUGGUGCAUUGUUUCUGCUUUCCACAAAUGAUAAAACCAUCAAAUAUUGGAAGGUACAAGAGAAGAAGAUCAAGAAAAUUUCUGAAAUGAAUAUUGAUCCGUCCAAAGAUCCAGGUUCAAGUAGCCCUCUUCCAAUAAUCGCUAAUGGAGUACAUGCCGAUAAACCACAAGAUUACCUGAGCAAGGACUUUCCCUUCCCGCCAGGAGGCAUUCCAUCUCUGCGUUUGCCCUUGGUAGUGACUAGCCUGGAGACAAGCCUUGUGGCGAGAUGCCGAAGAGUGUAUGCGCAUGCUCAUGAUUACCAUAUUAAUUCAAUCUCAAAUAGCAGCGAUGGAGAGACCUUCAUUUCGGCUGAUGAUCUGCGAGUCAAUCUCUGGAAUUUGGAAGUCAGCAACCAGAGUUUCAAUAUUGUUGAUGUUAAGCCCACAAACAUGGAGGACUUAACUGAGGUUAUUACAUCUGCUGAGUUUCAUCCAAUCCAUUGUAAUAUGCUCGCAUAUAGCAGUUCAAAAGGCUCCAUCCGUUUGAUUGAUAUGAGGCAAUCAGCUCUGUGCGAUUCUCAUACUAAAUUGUUUGAAGAACCGGAAGCACCUGGUUCAAGAUCAUUUUUCACAGAGAUAAUUGCCUCAAUUUCAGAUAUUAAAUUCUCAAAGAAUGGGAGAUACAUACUUAGUCGCGAUUACAUGACCCUCAAGCUGUGGGACAUAAACAUGGAUUCUGGUCCAGUUGCGUCUUACCAGGUUCAUGAACAUCUGAGACCAAGGCUAUGCGAUCUAUAUGAAAACGACUCCAUCUUUGAUAAAUUCGAGUGUUGUCUGAGUGGUGAUGGAUCAAGGGUAGCAACAGGCUCGUACAGCAAUCUAUUCCGCGUAUUUGGAGCGUCUCAAGGAAGUACUGAAGCUGCAACGUUGGAAGCUAGCAAAAAUCCGAUGAGGAGGCAAAUCCAGGCACCUGCAAGAUCUUCCAGAUCUAUGACAAGCGUGGCUAGACGAGGAUCAGAGAGUCCAGGAUCAGAUGCGAACGGGAACGCACACGAUUUCACAACUAAGUUGCUGCAUAUGGCUUGGCACCCAACGGAGAAUUCAAUUGCUUGUGCAGCAGCCAACAGCUUGUACAUGUAUUAUGGAUGAACUGGAGAAGAAAGAAAAGAAACAUGGAACCAGCUUGCUCCAUUUUAACUUUCCAUUUUCUCCCUUUUCAAGCUAUCUCUGCCUUUUUCUCUCGCUCUCUCGUUUAACAACCAAAGUGAUUAUGUAACCAGAAACAUUGUAGUCGUAACAGAGGUAUGCUGUGACCAAGACCAAAGCAGGAAGAAGCAACAGAAUAUUUUUCAGGAGUUAGAAGAUAAAACAAAUGUUGGAUUGGGAAAGAAAAGAAGGAGAUACCUUUUUUACCAGAAGGGUAUUUGUCUGAAAAGGAGAAACCUACUUAGGCUGUCUUUUGUUCUUUUGGGUUGCUAAAGAUUCUUUUUUAUUUUUUUAGUUUAUAUUACUCUUUUAAGAAACAGCUUAUCUUGUGUGGGAAUUUUAGUACGAUAAUGAAACGAUGGGGAGGGUUGUGCUUCAAAAUUGUUUAUUUAUUCUUUUGUCAUA